AUGCUUCUCACAGCUAAGAGCGCGGCCCUGAUCCUGGGUGCUGCCAUUGCCUCAGCUACUCCUGUGGAUGUCACGACGUCGACGGCAUCGUUCUGUAACACACGCCAAUUCCUCACCGUGUCUACGACCAAUGGCCCUAUCACUGGUCACCAAGCGUCCAACUCCGCCUGCGUGAUUGAAUACCUGGGCAUUCCCUUUGCGCAACCACCUGUUGGGAACCUGCGAUUUGCGGCGCCUGCGAAGAUCAAGUCCAAGAAGCCUUAUGUGGCUGCUAAUUUUGGAUCUGAUUGCCCAUUGACCCCGUCAAAGCCCGUCAACUACCCCGGAUUUACGCCCCAGGCGCAGCAGAUCGUCAACUAUUUCGCUUCUGCGGCGGGCACUCCUCAGAGUGAAGAUUGCCUUACCCUCAAUAUCUGGUCCAAGGCGACGCAGAAUGCAUUGAAAGCGAAGAAACCUGUCUUGGUGUUCUUCUAUGGAGGCAGAUAUACCAUUGGAAACACCGACAGCCCGUUUUACUCAGGAAAAUACUUCGCCGACGCUGAAGAUAUUGUCGUUGUCACAGUCAACUACCGACUCAACAUUUUCGGCUUCCCAGGCGCCCCUGGCGAGACUCAAAACCUCGGUCUCCGCGACCAGCGAGCGGCCGUCGAGUGGGUUCGAGACAAUAUCAAGAAGUUCGGCGGCGACCCCAGCAAGAUUACCAUCUCUGGCCAGUCUGCCGGAGGUGUUGCUGUUGACUACUGGACCUACGCAUACAAGAAAGACCCCAUCGUCAACGGCGUGAUUGCGCACUCGGGCAAUGUCUUCAGCUUCCCUGUCAAUGCCCAGGGCGUCCCCGAGAAGAACUGGAACACUGUUGUGGCUGCUGUGAAUUGCACUUCUGCUAGCGAUGUCAUGUCUUGCAUGCGCCAGGCUGACUGGCAAGCUAUCAAGGCCGCUGCAGCCGGCAUCAAGCCCACGCCGAGCAGCAGUGUUCUGCGAUCUAUUCCCGCCUUCUACCCGAUGCCAGAUGAAAAGAUUGUAUUCUCUGACUAUCUCUCGUUGACCAACUCUGGUAGCUUUGCAAAGGUGCCCCUCUUGCUGGGAAACAACAACAACGAGGACGGAUACUAUCGCAUCCCGGCUUUCGCCUCCGGCAUCGUACCGACUGUUGACCAGGUCACAUCUUUCCUCCUCGAGUCCUUCACCUGCCCUGUGUCCCACCAGGCCAGCGCUCGUCGCAGUCACGGAGUGCCAGCCUGGGCGUACCGAUACAUGGCUGACUGGGACAACACUCGUCUCUAUCCCACCAGCGGCGCCUAUCACGGUGUUGACCUUCACAUGAUCUUUGGAGCUUCGGCAGAUGUCAGUGGAUUGCCCACGACCGCAGACCAGCGAAGCCUGACAAAGUUGAUGCAACACGCUUGGUUCACCUUUAGCAACAACCCAUCCUCAGGCCUGAGCAGCCUUGGAUGGCCCCAAUUCAACAAGAGGACUGCCUCGUUGAUUGUCCUUGGCCAAAACAACCGCCCCAAGGCACAGUUUGUGUCUCCCUCAGUUUUUGACCUUACCUGCCCUAAUAUUACCUUGGCAGGUUUGGGAACGGUUGUAUCAACUGUGGCCGAUUCAUUAUCGCUCCCGCUGUGA